AGAUUGCCUUUUACAAUCGUCAGUACAGCAGCCCGGCCGCCAUAUUUGCGGGUACAAAUUUUUCCUGGUGGUCCGAAGAGGGAGAGUUGUUGCGUUCUGUGCCCGUAGCAAAGGAAAGAAACCUCGAAAUGAACAGAGUACUGGCGGCAAGAUUGCUCGUCCAGAGAGCGGGGUUUUCCACGUCCACCAGAAAAGCUCUGGACAAUAAAGUUCUGGAGAAGCAGAAAAUCAUGCAGGCGCCGGGUGGGGAGAUGGUGUACCUGAAGGGUGGAUCAGGAGAUAAGGCCUGUUACCGUGCGACCAUGGGGCUUGUCAUCUUCGGCGUGGGCUAUUCUAUCUUCAGCCUCCUUGCUGCUUGCCUGCCAAAGAAGUCAGAAUGACCAGCAGCAGCCUCCAGAGUGCCCCCUUUGUUUUCCCCCUGUAGGUUGUAAAUCUGCUCAACAGUUUGGUGUGUGGGACUGGGUCCUGACCUAUACCAUCACACACUGAUUCCACCAACUGCUGGUAGUCUCUGGAAGUACCAUGACAUCACGUACCAUGCCUGUCAAAUUGCACUGAAUCAAAUACAGUAUCUGUGUGUAAAAUAUUGACCUCUGUCCUUGCUGGAAAUGAAGGAAUGAAAUAAAUGGUAGUAAAAUGGUUGUCUUGGUUGUCAAUGAUUAACAACUUUGUACAUUGCUGCCCAACUGGGCAAAGUACAUAAAAGUUUAAGAUCACAAAUAUCAUAAAGAAGUUAAACUUUACACAACCAAAAUUGGGUCAAGUGUCUUAAUAAGUACUGUACCUAAAUUGAUUUGGGAUACAAGUUACUGUUAGGAACUGCAAUAAGAAUACAGCAGCUUGGCAAGGGUUAGAAAGCCCUAUUGAAACCAUCUACAUCUAGAUGAUUUCACAGUGGGUUGCUGGAAAUGUAGGUAUUUGCUAUAGGAUACACUAGUAGCUGGCAAUGCAUUUGCAACAACACUCACGUCCUCAGUGGCAUUGGUGCCCAACCAGUUAUCCCGGGCCAUGAGGCAGUAUCAAGUUGGCCAGGCAGUACCGGUAUAUACGUUACCCAGACAGCCAAAUAUACAUUAUCCAUUGGCCGCUUCGGUGGCUAUCGGCUAAUGGACACACCUCUGGCCAAUGGAUACUGCCUUGCCACCGUAUGAUCUGCUUGGAGAUUACUUGGUCGUCUCCUCAUCUGCCGCGACACCUUGCAAGACACAGUUGAACUGCAAACGAAGUAUGCCUGAUUUUGCCUUCGUUUUGCUUGUGUUUGGCGUGUUGAUCACAACUACCUUGUCUGUAGCGGUUACCCUCAAUCCUUUCAAAAGAUAAUACAUUCCUCCCAUCUACUUUUGUGGCUGGGAAAGACCAACACGAGACCAGAGGAAACUCCUUUGUUCUUCGCCGCUCUGCUCAUAAAUACGUAAUGACCUGGUGCUUGUCUGGCCGCUCAAGUGGCGUCCAGUCACCUGUUCCUCACCAUAGCAACGAAAGUUUACCCGGCUUUGUGUCAUAGGCUGCACGAGAAUGGCGGAGUCGACUCCCCUUUCGGGAACAGGCGGCGUAUCCUUUACCUUUCGUGAAUUGUGCACGGUGACCAUUUGAUUGUAUUAUCGACGGACUCCGAUCCCGUAUCCACACAGCGGCGGGAGGGACACCUGUUCUCGGCCAGAGGGGCCAGCGAAGCCGGAGGACUCGUUCGUGGUCCGGAGUUCUCCCCCUAUGGGCCGGCAUGCCAGCACACUCCGCUUAAGUCAACGUUGCCUUGCUCGCGGGUUAUGUUUGCCUGGAGUGUUGUCUGUCCUCAAUAGGCCACCAACGGCCGAUGUGCACUGCUGUAUCGUGGACGAAUCUCAAACCACAGAUUUUUCCAGUUUUAGACUGUUUUCGUGUUCCUCUUUGAAGGUAUGAAGUCGCCGUAUUGAACGAGUCUGUUGACCGCCACAAGUUAAGUGUUGCUACCGAGUGCCCAUUGUAACCAAGUCGACAGAACACUUCCUGGUUGAUGUAAGUUUUUGGCGCGGCACGGUCCCCACAGCGACACCACCAGGAUGCCGGUCGCCACGACGCGCUUAGAACAACUGCAGAUCAUCAAGCUGCUGCAAUGUGUGAGGCUGGAGGAUCGCCCACAGAUAGAGAAGAUGACCACACACGGCAUCCCUUCUCUCAUCAACUACAGCGAGCCGAACCAGGGGGAGUCCGUGCUCCAUCUGGCAGCCGUCACCAACAACGAGGAGCUGGUGAGGUUCCUGCUGGGGCUGGGAGCUCACCCGAAUGUCCAGGACUUCGAGGGUAUACUGUUCUACUGUAUCUGCCCUACCCAACGCCACACCCACUGCCUAGAGAUUGCGCUGCAGCAUGGAGCACCGGUCAACAACAAGGCCCACGACGGGAAACCUGUCCUCACGGUGGCCUGCUCCACUGCCAUGGAGAACGAGGAGAUGUGCAUCAAGCUUCUGGAGAAGGGAGCAGACCCCAACAUCAAACAUGAGUUGAUGGGGACCACCCCUCUAAUGGAGGCAGCCGGUGCGGGGAGUGCGGCUGUCGUCAGGUGUAUCCUGCAGAAGGGGGGAGACGUGAACGCUGUGGACAGGAAGGGUCACCACGCCGCACACAGGGCUGCUACGGGCGGGUUCUUUGACGUGCUGAAGGUCAUGGCUGCCUUCGGGGCGGACUUUAACCAAGUGGCUUCGGACGGCAAUACACCGAUCCACUACGCUGCUAGAGGAGGACAUGACAGCUGCUGCAAGUUCCUGGCACAGAGAGGUUGUCCGCCAAAGUUGAAGAAUAGUGACGGCAUGACACCACGGGCCAUUGCAAAGGAAGCAGGUAGCAAAGCAGCAGGAAAAGAACUCAGGAAGGCAGAAAAUGCCUACACUAAGUACUCCAAACCUGGCAUGAAGAACCCUAAUGCCCCUUGGAUGGUAUUCUUGUACGACUGGUGUGUGGAAAGACAGGAUGACCUGAUAGCAGAAUUUUCCAAACUAUACACUGGAGACGAUGAAAAGGACUACAAAGUCAACAAGGAAGACUUUGUCCAGGUCUUGAAAAAGCUGAAAGCACCAAUUCCUGAUGACGACCAUAUGAAGAAACUACUGACAGAGCACGAUAAAACUAGGGAAGGGGUUAUCGACACUAAGGUGUUCCUAUCAGGAAAGCAGUUCCUCUCGAAAACCUACCUUAUGUCUAGUUAUGAACCCAAGUCUAAGAAGAAGAAGAAGGGAGGGAAGAAGGGGAGGAAGAAGGGAGGGAAGACGAAGAUCUACGUUCCGAUCUGCACCCUGCCUGAAGGCCCCCGGAUGCCGGGUGGCGCCCCUCCAGCUCACCUGAUCCCACGGGCCACUCACUGGACAGACACGGGGAGGUUCGACCGGGACCACCCCCCUGAGCACCCCCUACAGGACGACUCCUGGUGGUACCUGCAGCAUCCGCAGAAAACCUACAUCAACAUCAGCGAGGCUGCUAAACUAGGGGACAUAGAGUCACUGAAACAAGCCUUCCAGAACAACUAUCCUAUCGACACCAGGGACAAGUAUUUCAAGACCCCCCUGAUGUGUGCAGCAGCCCAUGGUCACAUUGAAAUUACCAAGUAUUUAAUAGAGAUGGGUGCCAGUGUUAAUGCAGUAGACAACUUCCGCUGGACACCCCUGCACCACGCCUGCCAUGGGGGCCAGGUGGAUGUGGUGACCACCCUGGUGAGUGCAGGGGCCGACAUCGAUGCACAGACCAUGAAUGGGGCCACGCCUCUGAUGAGGGCCAUCGAGUGCUCAAACGAACCCAUCGUCAGUUUCCUGAUUGAGCAGGGUGUCAACAUGAGGAAGGAAAACAAGAAAGAACACAAUGCGUUGGACACUGCCAAGGAAUGGGCGGAUCCCAGAGUGCUGUCGAUCGUGCAGGCCAAGUUUGACUCUCUGCCUGCACCCAAGAAGAAGAAGGGAGGGAGGGCGGCCAAGAAGAGCCCUGCCACGCGCCCGCAGACGGUCCCUCCCAUCCCCUUCGGGAAGGGUGACGGGCCUGACGGAGGGAAGAAGUCCCCAGACCCAGGUAAGGUGAAGGACCUGGUGCCUGAGUUCAUGCCCCCGCUGCAGACACCGCCCCGGUCAGCCGACAGGAGAAGCUCGGUCAUCCGCGUCCAGUCCAGCAUGGCGGGGCGCGUGGAGGAGCGGGAGGACGUCACGUACGAGCCCAAGAAGGUUUGGACGCACCAGCCCACCAAGGACGAGCUGCUGCAGAGGAAGGAGACGGAGAGGACCAGGUGGGGGUACGAGCUGGACUUCCCCAACUACAAACCUCCCUUCCAGAAGAACAUCGCCUCCAGGGUCGAGCUGUUCGGUGGGCCAGAAGACUGAGAAACUACCAGCGUCCAAAGUAGUUUCAUCAGCAUAUUAAAUUAAUAUUG